GAGAGGAGAACUGGUUUGGGGCCGGUGAACGGAUUCCUCUACUCAUGCGCAGGAUUCUCACAUAAACUCAAAGAAUAUUUAGUGUCAGUAUCGUUUGUAAACCGAUUUCGUGUAUUAAAUGUAUUUCAACUGUGCCAAGAAUCGAGGAUCAUUGUGUUUGAAGAUCGGAGUAUAAAUAAAGAUUGGAGCUACUCUGUGUGUUCUUUAUUAUGGAGAAGAGUAGGACGAAAAGAUCUUACUUUCCGGUCCGGACGAAAACAGCACGGUAUGAUUCUUAGUCUGGUAGUUUUGUAUUUAGCCGGAGCUAUGGUGGGCGGCAAAAAGGUUGUGGUACCUUCAGGGAAGAAAACUACUUGCGGAGCUAAUGCUGCAGUAAUUCUUGGAGGCCUUUAUGAUUCUGGCGCUACAGAAACCUACUCCUGUGAUCUGGUAGUAGAAGACGUAGGAAAACUAGAGGGAUUAGAAGCUGCUGUUCUGAUGGAACAACUAGUUUACUGUGGGGGAGAACAUACCAAUGGUGUUGUAAGUCACAUCUGUUUUGUGAAUGAGCUGGGGAGGUGGGUUGAGAUAGAAAGCAUGAAUGUGGCAAGAUCCCGUUUUACUCUGACAGCUCUAGGAGACAACCUUCUAGCAGUUGGGGGAAGAAAUAAGGACGGAUUUCUUUCUUCAAUGGAGAUUUUCGAUGGAAGCAGCUGGAAACUUUUACCUUUUAAUCUGACACAAAGCAGAUAUGAUCACUGUGCAAUUCCAAUCAGUGAAAGUAAAGUUCUGGUAAUUGGAGGAGAGGUGGAGGGAAAUAUUGACUUGUCUACUGUAGAGAUUUAUGAUAUAAAUGAGGGGUUUAUGGAACAGCUUCCACCUAUGCCAACAGCAAGGUAUACCCAUGAUUGUGCUUUCUACAAUGGAGAAGCAUAUGUUGCAGGAGGAUUCAAUGGUCACCGUCUCAAUGUUGUGGAAAUUUACAAUCCUUGGUUGCGCUCUUGGAGAACAGGACCUCCGAUGCUCAAUGCACGUGCUGAUGUGACCAUGGAGGUGGUAGAUGACAACUUGGUGGUGUUCGGAGGCAGUGAUGGAGGCUAUAACUCUCUCCAAACUAUGGAAAGGUUUGAUGGAGAGGCCUGGAGGGAAGAACCUAUGCAAUAUCAGCAUUCCCAUCAUGCAUCAGUAGCUAUAUCAUGCUGAUCCGCACUCCCAUCAUACAUCAGUAGCUAUAUCAUGCUGAUCAGUACUUCCAUCACACAUCAGUAGCUAUAUCAUGCUGAUCCGCACUCCCACCAUGUAUCAGUAGCUAUAUCAUGCUGAUCAGUACUCCCAUCAUACAUCAGUAGCUAUAUCAUGCUGAUCAGUACUCCCAUCAUGCAUCAGUAGCUAUAUCAUGCUGAUCCGCACUCCCAUCAUGCAUCAGUAGCUAUAUCAUGCUGAUCAGUACUACCAUCAUGCAUCAGUAGCUAUAUCAUGCUGAUCAGCACUCCCAUCAUGCAUCAGUGGCUAUAUUAUGCUGAUCAGUACUUCCAUCAUACAUCAGUAGCUAUAUCAUGCUGAUCAGUACUUCCAUCAUACAUCAGUAGCUAUAGCAUGCUGAUCAGUACUCCCAUUAUACAUCAGGAGCUAUAUCAUGCUGAUCAGUACUCCCAUCACACAUCAGGAGCUAUAUCAUGCUGAUCAGUACUCCCAUCAUUCAUCAGUAUAGUUAUAUCAUGCUGAUCAGUACUCCCAUCAUACAUCAGUAGCUAAUCAUGCUGAUCAGUACUCCCAUCAUUCAUCAGUAUAGUUAUAUCAUGCUGAUCAGUACUCCCAUCAUACAUCAGUAGCUAUAUCAUGCUGAUCAGUACUCCCAUCAUGCAUCAGGAGCUAUAUCAUGCUGAUCAGUACUCCCAUCAUACAUCAGGAGCUAUAUCAUGCUGAUCCGCACUCCCAUCAUACAUCAGUAGCUAUAUCAUGCUGAUCAGUACUCCUAUCAUACAUCACUAGCUUAUCAUGCUGAUAGUAUUACUUUUUCAUUUUAAAUAAAUCUUUAUUAACUUGAA